CCUUCCUUUCCUCACUCUAUCUCUCCCGGCGUACAGUAUACACCUAUCUAUCUUCCAAGAGCAUCAGCACUCUCUCCAUCAUCCUCCGCGAUACGAGCGCUACUACAGCGCAAAGCAUGGCAUCUCUGCGCCCCGCAAAACCGCUCUCAGCCGCUGCUCACCUCUGCGUCUGUCUGUUGACCGCCUCGGCCUGGAUUGCACUGCCGGGACUUGUCAGCUGUGACAGCGGGGCUUUAAACCGGCGCGGCGAGGAGGACCUUACGUUUAACAUGGACGGCGGAGACGGAAGCUCCCCGCCGGGCUUACCGACUCACGGCGACGAGGAAGCCGUAGGCGCGGAGAGCUCACCCCGCUUCAGGAGAGCACUGUCCCGGGAAAAACAAAUGCCCCUGCUCAGCAGUUCGUUCGUGCUUAAAGGAGAUGCGACACACAACCAGGCGAUGGUCCACUGGACAGGAGAGAACAGCAGCGUCAUCCUGAUCCUCACCAAGUAUUACCAUGCUGACUCCACCAAGGUACUGGAAAGCUCGUUGUGGAGGUCUAUGGACUAUGGCACAACCUACACCAAACUUAACCUGAUGCCAGGCACGACUAUUGUGGUGACCAGCUUCUACAUCUGCCCAACCAACAAGAAAAAGGUGGUGCUGGUGGGUUCCUCCAUAAAUGAGAGGGAUCAGAUGCUGUUCAUCAGCACAGACGAAGGCUCCUCCUUCCAGCGACAAUCCAUCUCCUUCACCCCGGACACAGUUGUCUUCCACCCCAAGGAAGAGGACAAGCUCCUGGCCUACUGCAAUGAAGGCAGGCUCUUUGCUUCCACAGACCUGGGCCGCAAGUGGACUUUGCUUCAGGAGCGGGUGACCAAGGACAGAGUCUACUGGUCAGUAUCUGGUGUUGAUGUGGACCCCGAUCUGGUGCACAUGGAAAUGCAAGAUACGAGUGGAGGUUACCUUUAUGUUACCUGUCUCAUCCAGAACUGUUCAGACAAAAUGGUGACGGCUCAGUUCCUUGGCAAGAUCGACCACAACUCACUACUGGUGCAGGACGAUUACAUAUUUGUCAAGGUCACCACAGGGAAUCGUACCAAGCACUAUGUGUCCUAUCGCCGCAACGAGUUCGUCCAAAUGAGGUUCCCCAAAUACUCCUUGCCAAAGGAUGUUCAGAUAGUGAGCACAGACGAGAACCAGGUCUUCCUCGCUCUGCAGGAAUGGUACCAGUCAGACACAUACAACCUGUACCAGUCAGACCCUCAGGGUGUCUACUACUCCAUUGUCCUGGAAAAUGUUCGCAGCACGAAGCAGCCAGAGGAGAGCGUCCUCAUCGACGUACUAGAGGUCCGUGGAAUCAAAGGAGUCUUCCUUGCCAAUCAGAAGAUCGAUGGCAGAGUGACAACUCUCAUCACCUAUAAUAAAGGACGAGACUGGGAUCCCUUGGCCCCGCCUGCCACUGACAUGAAUGGCAAGCCUAUCACCUGCAAAGCUCCGGAGUGUCACCUCCACCUCCACCUACGCUGGGCAGACAACCCGUACGUUUCCGGGACUGUCCACACCAAAGACUCUGCUCCAGGUCUCAUCAUGGGCGCUGGUAACCUUGGCUCCAAGCUAGUGGAAUAUAAAGAAGAGAUGUACAUCACUUCAGACUGUGGGAAGACAUGGAGACAGGUUUUCGAGGAGGAGCAUCACAUUCUCUACUUGGACCAUGGUGGGGUUAUUGUUGCCAUCAAGGACACCUCUAUUCCCCUUAAGAUACUCAAGUUUAGUAUUGAUGAAGGACGGAUGUGGACUGUUCACAACUUCACUAGCACCUCUGUGUUUGUGGAUGGACUCCUGAGCGAACCAGGAGAUGAAACUCUGGUCAUGACUGUUUUUGGCCACAUCAGCUACAGGUCAGACUGGGAGCUGGUCAAGGUGGACUUCAGGCAGUCUUUCCCCCAUGAGUGUACUGAGUCUGACUACGACUUUUGGCAGCUCACAGACCUUCAGGGGGAGAAGUGCAUUAUGGGCCAGGAGCGCAGUUUCAGGAGAAGGAAGGAGACGGCAUUCUGUAUCAAAGGAAAAAGCUACACCUCGGCUCUCACCACCAAACCCUGUCAGUGCACCGAGAGAGACUUCAACUGUGACUAUGGUUUUGAACGGUCCCAUAUGGAGGGCAAGCGCUGCUUUGCCGAUUUUUGGCACAAUCCAGAUUCACCACCCGAAGACUGCCAUCUAGGACAAACCUACGAGUCCAGCACUGGCUACAGGAAAGUAAUAUCUAACAUGUGUGAAGGGGGACUAAAUAAGCAGCAGAGCGCCAAGCAGCACAACUGCCCUCUGCUGCCCCCGCAAGGCCUGCGGGUCGGCAUCAAAGGGCAGAUGCUGGCCGUGGCACCUGGUGAUGACAUCACAUUCAUUGUCCACCAGGAACAGGGCGACACUAGUAGCACCAAGUAUCAGGUGGACCUCGGUGACGGAGUUCGGGCUAUCUACCAGAACCUGACAGUGACAGAUGAGCCCAUCCAGCAUCGCUACGAAAUUCCAGGCGUGUACAAGGUCACAGUGAAGGCUGAGAACAUGGCAGGGCACGAUGAGGCCACCAUGUACAUCCAGGUCACAGCCCCACUACAGCAAGUGCAUUUGGAAGUGGUUCCAAUCGCUGGGAGAAGCCAGGAGGUCAAUCUGACAGCUGUCGUUCUUCCCAGUGAGGCCAAUUUGACAGUCUUCUAUUGGUGGAUAGGAGACAACCUGCAGCCUACUCUGACUCUACAGAACAGCCUGCUGACUCGUUUCCCAGUGACAGGAGAGGUUUCAGUUACUGUCCAGGCUUCCAACGGCCGAUCCAUGGUGCAGGAUACCAGGACAGUCCGAGUCUACGAUAACUUUCAGGUUAUCCCUCUGAGCUUCAGCAGGAACCUGGACCAAUUCAAUCCAAACAUCCCUGAGUGGAGAGAGGACAUUGGCCAGGUGGUGACCAAAAUACUCAUUAAGAUCACAGGUGUCCCUCAGGAGUCCCUGGUGACAGUGGUGAAGCCAGGUCUCCCCACCACUGCUGAUCUCUAUGCUCUUCCUCUGGACAGCAAACCAGCCAAGAGGAGCAUGCUCGCUGAUAAGCGUAUUCCAGCUAUCUUGCAGGCCUUCAAUGACAACAAUGUCAGCUUUGUGGUGCGAGGAGGUCUACGAGUGCUGGUGAUGCUAGCUGACCCAAAUGCAGGGCUAGGUCUAAUUGCAAAUGACCCAACAGCUACAGCAGCGGAGAUUGGCUACCACGGUGCUGCCGGGGGUCUGGGUGUUUGGGCUCUAGCAGUCAUUUUCCUAAUCAGCAUAAUCGCCACUGGCUCCUUCAUCCUCUACAAGUUCAAAAGUCCUUGGGUUAGGACUGAGGAUGCCUAUCCCCCGCUGUUUUUCAGGAAGCUUCCGGGAAGUCGCAACGUCUAUGCCCAGAUGCACAACGAGAAGGAACAGGAAAUGACCAGCCCCGUCAAUCACAGUGAGGACACCCAGCACAUCAUCCAGGGCGAGGAGUUCAUCGAUGACGACCUGGACUCUCAGACUUUAGGUAACGCAGGAGGUAGCCCUGCCUUCUGUUCCCUUAUAAGGACUACCACUAACCACUGCUACUAAAAACCAAGCUACUAACACCAGCAGCUAACACACCAAGGCAACCAUUCGGGUGUGGUCCUGAGCAUCAACUCCAGAGAACUGCACAGCUACCUGACCAGCUGAUGGCUGCCACGGCAAUGCUAAUGAGCUAGCCUAGCCAGCUAACGAGCACAGAGACUGUACUCUGCCCUCCUCGCAAGCCCUCAUCCCUCUUCACUUCUCACACCAGGCCUGGAGAACUGCACUGACACCCAGUGAAGAUGGAAGUCAUGAUGAAAUCACACCAAGGACAUUCAUCUGUGUUUUUUGAAAAAGAAAACUCUGUGUGUACAUUGUCUGUCACUCAUGGACACUCAGACUCAGCCAGCAUGAUUCACUGCACUGGUUUCCAGUAAUAUUGACAGUCAGAGAGGGCUGAACCAUCUCACUGAUCACAGGCACUGAGAGUAGUGGCCAAAAAUCAAGGACAUGAAAUCCCUUUUUCCUGUUUGAUUCUCCCUUUGUUUCACACAAUGACUGGACACCCUCUCUCUUAACAGGCAAUAAUAUUCUCACAAUGAUUUGAUCGGCUCUUGUGAAUGUGCGUAUGAUGAGUACACAUGCAAACACAGGAGGGCAAUGUUGCACUUUCUUAAGUUCACAGGUGGAAUUUAAGAAAGGUUGGAGAGCUUCAUUACAAUAUACUGUAUCUUCAUUUUCAUAAAUCCCACCACAUUCACAUCUUUCUAUUCUUGCUUAUGACUCACACAUUUACAGAAGUUUGUUGAGCGGUGUUCAAAAUCAGCACCACCUUUUGUAGGAGCUCAUCGUCUGUCCCAUGGUGCCUAUAACAGCAGAUGAUGAUCUGCUCAGAGACAUGACUUGGUGUCAUUUUUCAUUAUUUCUAAUAACAGUCUGCCCACUGUUCUUCCCUACACGCUCUGGGUCAAAGCUCAAAGCAAACUUCUUCCCUGGAGACAAAGGUCGCUAUCAUGGAGGGAAGGUGUAGUUGAUAUAUUUUGCCGUUUCAGCCUAUAUUAGGCAUAGCCCACGGUGGAAUCAUGUCUCCUUAAAGGUGUAGUUUGUUGUAUGUAAAUGUGUAAAUAUGAACAAUUUCCGCUUUGUACAUAUUCCCUUUGACAUAUGUUUGAAUGUUUUACACUACUACCAAAAUACCCAGCUUUUUUUUUUUUUUUUUUUUUUUAAGUGGCCCCUUCACUGAGUUUUUUGAAUUUGAAAAAUUCUCACUGUUUCCAGUUUUCCCAACACCCACUGCCUGCCUAACAUAUAUCAAUUUUUCGUAACUUUCGGUGUCAUCGUAGUAAAAUGAUUUUUCAUUAACUGGAAAUUAUUUCAUAAUAUUAUAAAGAUACUCACAAGUACACAGUGAAGACUAUGUAUAUGGAUAUUUUUGAUACACUACUUGUAGGUUUUUGUCAUUUUUCUCAGUACAUUUAAACACUGGUUAUUGAUUCUGUUGCCUAUUUUGCUGAAGUCUUUCUGUUAAUUUUUACUGCACUUGUAAUGAUGUAAGCAGUGCUGUCGACACGUACACUACAGCAACUGAACAAGUCUACAGAAUCUGAAUCGAUUGGUCUCUGGAUGUAAGGGCUUUUCAGUGUACCAAUGCUACUAUUGUCAUCAAGAUUGCUUGUAUUUGAUACAAGCAGCCCGCAGUCAGUUGUUCUGAUUUACAUCCAAAUUCAUCCUUUGUACAUAUUCUGCUAAUGCUCAACUUAGUUUUCUAGUGAUGUGUCGUCAUUGUAUCAUAGUCCUCUUCAACAAAGGGGAAAGUGGGAUUGUGAUUUUCCAACAUAAUACUAAAGGAGUUUCACAUCUGAUGGCACAGUUCAUGUAAUUUUGACACCAUUUUUCUUUUCCGGUUACUGUUGGUUUGUUUGAUCUAUUGAUUUUGUUAUUAAAAAACAAUUAUGUGUCCUCAUCAGGGAACGUAGUGAACGAAACCUGCAUCCUGGAAUAAAUCACUCCCAUAACUUCUA